GCUGCGAAGUCCCCCCCCUACCCAAGAUAAGUUUGUCACAAUGCUAAAAACGCAAGUACGCUAGCUCGUUUGGUUUCUCCAAAACUGACAGCAAAAUUGAGUUUUGAACCUCUUAUUUGAAAUUAAGUAUUAAUCGACAAUGAGAGCAUGGUGCUCUUGCGAGAAGGGAUGUGCCCGGGACUGGAUGAAGAUUUCGUGCGCCGUUUGCGGGAUGCCCAAGUUAAAACAGUGGAAGAUCUGGUCUCGUCGGACAUGGAGGACCUCGCACAGAAAUGUUCGGCGUCAUAUAAGGCUCUGAUCGCCAUCCGUAGGGUGCUCCUGGCCCAGCACGCCGCCUUCCCCGUUUCCGGCGCCGACCUCUACGACGAGCUGCUCAGCUCCACCGCCAUCCUUUCCACGGGAAACCCAGAUCUGGACGCGCUGCUGGAUUCCGGCGUGUACACGGGCGAGAUCACCGAGUUGGCAGGGGGGCCGGCAAGUGGCAAAACUCAGGUGUGUUUGGGCGUGGCGGCGCACGUCUCGCAGCACUUGAGACAAAACGUGAUCUACGUGGACACCACGGGGGGUCUGUCAGCGGGACGCCUGCGCCAAAUGCUGCGAACCCAAACAAGUAGCGACGACGAGCAGAUGGAAGCCCUGCAGAGGAUCACCGUGCACCGCGCGUUUGACAUCUUCUCUCUGCUCGACUGUCUGUACCGCCUCGGCGGUGACGGCGGCGGCGGCGGCGGGCUUCGGCAGGCGAGCAGCCACGGCGGCUCCGUCAAGGCGCUGAUCGUGGACUCGGUGUCGGCCGUCAUCGCUCCUCUGCUGGGAAGCAGGCAUGAUGAAGGCAUGUACAUGAAGAGCCAAGUGGCCAUCACCCUCAAGGCCAUGGCCAAGGAUUUCAACAUAGCUGCUUUGGUGACCAACCACGUGACAAGGAGUGUGGAGGGCGAAGUGCAGCCUGGCCUGGGCGUGUCGUGGAGUCACGUCCCCAGAACCCGAGUCCUGCUGGAGCGACUCCCCGACGCCGACAUCGACCGACCCACUCGACGCUGCGCCACCCUCAUCAAGUCUUCCAGGCGGCCAUGUUUGAUUCGAGCCGAGUUGGACCUUCAGUGGUGGAGUCGCUCCGAACGAGACACUUCAGGAAAGCGAAAGCUGGACAGGGCAGAUUCUUGAUAACAACUGACUCAGGAGUUGGGGUACAUUUACACUCUGGAAUCCAGACACUGCACUAGCCAGGGGACCUUCUGGACUCGUUUCUUCUGCUUUGGCGGCACUGGCUCCUUUUAGCAUCACAACAGUGUCCCCUCUUUGCACGUAAAAUUCACUGUAAUUUUGUGGGUGUAGGGGUGUGGGGGGUUCUACAUUCCUCUAUUGUUGUAAUAUAAGUUAUUCUUAUAAAAUAAAAUACAAAUGUACUUUGCUUUUUUUUCUCAUGACUUGAUCUGUCUCUUUUAAAGUUAUUUUUUCCCUCCUAAAUUUCAACUUUUAUUGUACGAAUGACUUUUUGUCAUGUUGAUAUUUUUCUUUGCUUGUUAAAAAAAGAUCAUAACUACUAUAUAAUUCAAACUUGCCCAAUAAAGUACAGUACACAUU